CGGGCUCGGCGCCCCGCGCGCUUCCACGAUGGCUUCUCUGCCGCGGCGGCGACUGCGCCUUCGCCCCCGCCGCCUCCUGCUCCUUCUGCCCGGAAUCCUGCUGCCUCUUUGCGGCGCCUUCAAUCUAGAUGUGGAGAGUCCUGCGGAGUACUCCGGCCCAGAGGGAAGUUACUUCGGCUUCGCGGUGGACUUCUUCGUGCCCAGCGCGUCUUCCAGGAUGUUUCUUCUGGUGGGAGCGCCCAAAGCGAACACUACCCAGCCUGGGAUUGUGGAAGGAGGGCAAGUCCUUAAGUGUGACUGGUCUUCUCACCGCAGGUGCCAGCCAAUUGAAUUUGAUGCAACAGGCAACAGAGAUUAUGCCAAGGAUGAUCCAUUGGAGUUUAAGUCUCAUCAGUGGUUUGGAGCAUCUGUGAGGUCAAAACAGGAUAAAAUUUUGGCCUGUGCCCCCCUGUAUCACUGGAGGACUGAGGUGAAGCAGGAAAGAGAGCCUGUUGGAACAUGCUUUCUUCAGGACGGAACAAAGACUGUUGAGUAUGCUCCAUGCAGAUCAAAAAAUAUUGAUGCUGAUGGACAGGGAUUUUGUCAAGGAGGAUUCAGCAUUGAUUUUACUAAAGCUGACAGAGUACUUCUUGGUGGUCCUGGCAGUUUUUACUGGCAAGGUCAACUCAUUUCCGAUCAAGUAGCAGAAAUUGUAUCUAAAUAUGACCCCAAAGUUUACAGCAUCAAGUAUAAUAACCAGUUAGCAACUCGGACUGCACAAGCUAUUUUUGAUGACAGUUAUUUGGGUUACUCAGUGGCUGUCGGAGAUUUCAACGGUGAUGGCAUAGAUGACUUCGUUUCAGGAGUUCCAAGAGCAGCAAGGACUUUGGGAAUGGUUUAUAUUUAUGAUGGGAAAAACAUGUCCUCCUUACACAAUUUUACUGGUGAACAGAUGGCUGCAUAUUUUGGAUUUUCUGUCGCUGCCACUGACAUUAAUGGGGAUGAUUACGCGGAUGUGUUUAUCGGCGCACCUCUCUUCAUGGAUCGUGGUUCUGAUGGCAAGCUCCAGGAGGUGGGACAGGUCUCGGUGUCUCUGCAGAAAGCUUCGGGAGACUUCCAGACCAUCAAGCUGAAUGGUUUUGAGGUCUUUGCAAGGUUCGGCAGUGCCAUAGCCCCUUUGGGAGAUCUAGACCAGGAUGGCUUCAACGAUAUUGCAAUUGCUGCUCCAUAUGGGGGUGAAGAUAAAAAAGGAAUUGUUUAUAUUUUCAAUGGAAGACCCACAGGCUUGAAUGCAGUACCAUCUCAGAUCCUGGAAGGGAAGUGGGCAGCUCGGAGCAUGCCACCAAGCUUUGGCUAUUCCAUGAAAGGAGCCACGGAUAUAGACAAGAAUGGAUAUCCAGACUUAAUUGUAGGAGCUUUUGGUGUAGAUAGAGCUGUAUUAUACAGGGCCAGACCAGUUAUCACUGUAAAUGCUGGCCUUGAAGUGUACCCUAGCAUUUUAAAUCAAGAAAAUAAAACCUGCUCUCUGCCUGGGACAGAUCUCAAAGUUUCCUGUUUUAACGUCAGGUUCUGCUUAAAGGCAGAUGGCAAAGGAGCACUUCCUAGGAAACUUGACUUCCAGGUGGAGCUUCUUUUGGAUAAACUCAAGCAGAAAGGAGCAAUUCGACGAGCACUCUUUCUCCAUAACAGGUCCCCGGGUCACUCCAAGAACAUGACCAUCUCAAGGGGGGGACAGAUGCAGUGUGAGGAGCUGAUCGCAUAUCUGCGGGAUGAAUCUGAAUUUAGAGACAAACUCACUCCAAUUACUAUUUUUAUGGAGUAUUGGUUGGAUUAUCGAACAGCUGCUGAUGCAACAGGGUUGCAACCUAUUCUUAACCAGUUUACUCCGGCCAAUGUUAGUCGACAGGCUCAUAUUCUACUUGACUGUGGUGACGACAAUGUCUGUAAACCCAAACUGGAGGUUUCUGUAGACAGCGAUCAAAAGAAGAUCUAUGUUGGGGACGACAACCCUCUGACCUUGAUUGUUAAGGCUCAGAAUCAGGGAGAAGGUGCCUAUGAAGCCGAGCUCAUCGUUUCCAUCCCACUGCAGGCUGAUUUCAUCGGGGUUGUCCGCAACAGUGAAGCCUUAGCAAGACUUUCCUGUGCGUUUAAGACAGAAAACCAAACCCGCCAGGUGGUUUGUGACCUUGGAAACCCAAUGAAGGCUGGAACUCAACUCUUAGCUGGGCUUCGUUUCAGUGUCCACCAGCAAUCAGAGAUGGAUACGUCUGUGAAAUUUGAUUUACAAAUUCAAAGCUCCAAUCUUUUUGAUAAAGUAAGCCCGGUUGUAUCUUACAAAGUUGACCUUGCUGUUUUAGCUGCUGUUGAGAUAAGAGGAGUCUCAAGUCCUGAUCACAUCUUUCUUCCGAUUCCAAAUUGGAAGUACAAAGAGAACCCUGAGACUGAAGAAGAUGUUGGGCCAGUUGUUCAGCACAUCUAUGAGCUGAGAAACAACGGUCCGAGUUCAUUCAGCAAGGCAAUGCUGCAUCUUCAGUGGCCUUACAAAUAUAACAAUAACACUUUGUUGUACAUCCUUCAAUAUGAUAUUGAUGGGCCAAUGAACUGCACUUCAGAUAUGGAGAUUAACCCUUUGAGAAUUAAGAUCUCAAAUUCACAAGCAACUGAAAAGAAUGAUACAAGUGGUGGGCAAGGUGACCGGAACCAUCUCAUCACGAAGCGGGAUCUCACCCUCAAUGAAGGAGAUGUUCACACUUUGGGUUGUGGAAUUGCUGAAUGCUUGAAGAUUGUCUGCCAGGUGGGGCGACUGGACAGAGGAAAGAGUGCAAUCCUGUAUGUAAGGUCUCUACUGUGGACCGAGACCUUUAUGAAUAAGGAAAACCAGAAUCAUUCAUAUUCUUUGAAAUCGUCUGCUUCAUUUAAUGUCAUAGAGUUUCCUUAUAAAAACCUUCCAAUUGAUGACAUCUUCAACUCCACAUUGGUUACCACUAAUGUCACCUGGGGCAUUCAGCCAGCACCCAUGCCUGUACCUGUGUGGGUGAUCAUUUUAGCAGUUCUAGCAGGAUUGUUGUUACUGGCUGUUUUAGUUUUCGUAAUGUACAGGAUGGGCUUUUUUAAGCGUGUACGGCCACCUCAAGAAGAGCAAGAAAGGGAACAGCUUCAGCCUCAUGAAAAUGGUGAAGGAAACUCAGAAACUUAACUGUAAUUUUUAAGUCAUGCUACAUCCUGAUCCAUUAGAAGUUCCAACUUCAGUUUAGAUUUUAAUUUCCUUCCUGAGGAAUAAAAUUCCAAGACUGUACUGCUGAUGGUGCCCAUUGGUAUUAACCACAAAGUGAGAACAAUAUUUAUCAUCCUUUUCAUUAUAAUUAAUUUCAGACAUACAUUUAAUACACCUACUGACUUGUGUUUUUAGGUAUUUAAAUAAUAACAUUUCAAGUGAUAGGUCUUCUUCAAUGUACAUAAGAUAGCACCUGAAUUACCACUUUAUCUAAAAUAUUACCUCCUACAAUUACUGUUUCUGAUUACUGUUUCUGAUUUUGUAUGUUGGAUUUUGUUUGUCGUCGUUUUUGUUGUUUUAAAGCAAUCCAAAUUUGGACCUUAGUAUCCACAUCUUUUGUGCAGAUACAUAAUAUUAAUACACGUUACACUACACUUGAGUUUUCAAGUUAACUUCAUAGCUGUAUAAACUUGGAUUUUAAUAUUACCUAUAUGGUAGGACUUUAAAAAAAGAAAAAAAGCAUGAUCCCAUCAAAACUCUUUGUUGUAACUGCAAAGGUACAGAUUUUUGUUUUAAUGUGAAAAUUGAGUACAUGCUAUUAAACUUUUAUUUAUAUUUUUAUCCACAGUCCAUUUGAUGACAUUUUAUUUUGUAUAAGUUUAAAUUCUAUUUCAAAUUCUUUAAGUCACCUUAUACUAAAAGAUUAGUUUUUCCUGGUAACUCAGCAGUAAAGAAUCUACCUGCAAUGCAGGAGAUGUGGGUUCCAUCCCUGGGUCAAGAAGACUACCUGGAUAAGGGCAUGGCAACCCACUCCAGUAUUGGAGUUCUCUUGCCUGGAAAAUUCCAUGGAUAGAGGAGCCUGGCAGGCUAUGGUCCAUGGUGUUGCAAAGAGUUGGACUUGACUGAGCAACUAAUACACACAUAAGUUAUAUUUCAAAUCCUUUAAGUCAACUUAUACUAAAAAUUAGUUUUAUAAUCAAAAUUGCCUCUUUUGUGUAAUUGUUUAAUUUCUGCUAAACAUCAUGAUGCUGGAAGCUAUAUAGAUUUGGAAAUCGUUUCCAAAGUAUAUUCUAUUGCAUUAGUCUGGCUAUAGACAAUACCAAAAAAAAAAAAAACCAACCAUUUAAAUUAAAAGGCUAUGUAGUUCUUUGACAGAGUUGCUUAUUGAUAGUUUGUUCUUAGAUUAGAGCAAGAGUUUUUAGUUGGGAUUAAUUUAUUUUCCUCCUAUAUAUGUAUUUUUCCUUAUAUUUUCAAAAUUGUUAUUGAGAAUGUGUCAAGAUCAAUGAGAAAACUUUACAAUUUAUAAGAACAUGCACUCAAUCUCUGAAUCCCAUGAGAAAUGCAUGGAAUUGAAAUUCUUAAGGUAGCUCACUGGUUUACUUCUAGCAAUAGCAUGAUGCUACUCGCAUGGAUAUUACCUCAGUUGAAACCAGGUAUGACAUGUAAAACCAGUCUCAGCUAUCAUCAUAACUUCUUAGAGGUUAUUUUAUAGGCAAUUCAAGUUAUUGGAAACCUUUUAAAAUUUUCUUAGUCUUAUUAAUAUAAACUACUUUUCUAGGAUUUUUAAAUAAAAGCUGUACAGGUGGGCAAGUUGUAGUUUUUUAAGUCUGUAGGGUGAUGAAUCUUCUAGAAGAUUAUGUGAAUUAUUCACAGUUCCUCUAGGCCUGGGGAUAACUGUUAAUUAUACCUAUUUUUUGUAAUUACGUCAUGUUGUGCAUUAGAAAUUGAGAGUUCAAUAGCUUUUUAACUACUGCCUUCAUUAGGCGAUGAUAAAUAUUUCCCUUAGAUAAUUGAAUAUUUUUCCAUGUUUUAAAAAUAAUUGAAAUUUUCUUGCCACGGCUUGUGUUAUAACUCCUUACACAAGUGGCUAAACUAGAACACAUUCAUAAAAAUAGAGGCAUAUGUAGGUGAGUUGUACAAGUUAGAACAUUGACAAGACCCUAUAUUUAGCUUUAGUGAUUUUCAAAACUAAUUGGUUUUGUAAUAUAGAUUUUACUAGUAGCUUAAAAGAUUGUAGGUAGUCAUAUACAAUAAGUAUUUUUGUUACCAAUAAAUUUAAAGUUUUUUAAGUAAAAAAAUUUUUAUCAUAGGGCUUGCCACCAGACAGUUGCUAAGUUGGUCUAGAACAGAGUUUACCUCACCUGUUUUCCCAUCUAAUACCAGUCAUUCCUGAAAAUAUCUGUUAGAUAGAAAGUCACUCUUUCAAAAAGUUAAAUGUUACUAUUUGCUUUUGCACAAUCUGUUCCUUUUAUGGCCCUUCUCUCAAGAUAUCUUUUAUGAGAGAUUGACGAAGGAGCCAAGAUUGUGCAGUUGGGAGAGCGUUAGACUGGAGGAGACUGAAGGGUCUUGUCAUGAAAAUUAACAUGUUGUUUUAAAUUGCUCUUAUGAACUGUAGUUUAAAGCAAUAGUAUUUUCCUUAAAAAAAAACAAAAGAAAGAAAAUUUUAUCUCUACAAAAUAUGGUAGUCUAGUCUUCGAAGACUAAAAACCUAGUCUUUGAAGAAAAUAUUUGGCAAAAUGUUGGGAUUAAAGUAACAUGAAUGUUUUGGUUAAAAUGUCAAAAAAUAAACACUGCUGUAUUUGUGCUUUAUUGAGAACUGAAAGCUGUUUUGACUGUAAAAUUCUUAUAAUCUGAUUCAGUUUAAGAAAUCACAUAUCGUUGGAGUUGGGAAUAUCAUAAAACAUUUGAUACUGGUAAGAAAUUGAUUAUGCUGUUGAUUUCUUAUGUAGGCAUUUAUUUCAGACUUAAUAUUUUGAGAAACAUUUGUGUGAGGGAUGCUCUUUCCUUUUCUUUCCUUUAGCUUUCUGUUGUAAUUAGUGAUUAUUGUAAUUCUGAUUAAGUUCUUAAUGUAAAACAGUUAAUCAAAAUACUAGUGCCACAGUUCUGUUUUGAAACUAAUUAUUCAUAGUAAAUUCUCAUUAAUACUUUAUAUAAAGAGAAAAUUCAAGUGUUAGAGGCUAUACUGACUUCUUUAAGAGGAUGUGAAAGAUUUCUGAUAGUGAAUCAUAACCCUAAGAGAGAUUUAUGUGGCAAAAGUAUAGUGUAUAAUCAGCGGGUUUUUUAUAAGGCAUACAGUCUGUAAAUUGAUAGAUGUUCCUGUGUUAUAGAAUGUAGUGUUGAGCUUGCAAAGAAUAAGCCAUUCUUGGAAUAUUUGUGUACAACUGUUGCUUAUCUCAGUAUCACUGUGUUAGUGCUCUUGGAUAGCUUAUAUAUGUGAUAGUUUGGUUAAUAAGAAAAAUACAAAAUUUGAAAAUUGAAUAUAAGAUCAAAAAUAGCAAAUGAAAUGAUGUAAUGCUCAGUGUUGUAGAGAGUAUUUCUUUUAACUUGUUGGUAGGCUAGUUUGGACAAUGAACCUAUGAACAUGUAGCAUGCAUAUAUGCUUGUAUUUCAUUGUAAUUUCUCAUACAUAAUGAAUUUCUUGGCAGAGGUACUGAAUCUUUGAUCUUUUUUUGCUGUCAUUCUUCUCAAGUGCAAUAUAACAAUAUAACCAAACCUAGAUAUUUCAAAGUCUAAUUUAGUAAACCUAAUCUAAAAGAAUUUAUUAGUAUUUUUGUUAGCAGGAAGGAGGGAUUCUGAGAUGGAUAUAUGAAUGAAGUUAUUUGCCCCUAAAAGGUCCUUCUACCCUUUAUUCAUUCUACACUUUAUUUCAGGCUGAACGUGAACUAUUCCCUGCUAGUUUUGAAACACUUUGCAGUAUCUUAAAGUUACUUGGAAGUUGUGUAUAUCAAUUAAUUUCCUACCUAGGUAACAUAGAAAGUCAUUUUCUUUCUUUAGCUCUCUUGUGAUCACCCACAUUGGGUGAGGCAUAAAGUGGGUGUGUUCUAAAAUGUAUGAUUUGCUAACUUGAUUUGAGUUAGUGAAAACUGGUACAGUGUUCUUCUUACUAGUUUCCAGUAUGUAACUUGUGUCUGUUCAAUAAACUUGAGCAUGUGGUGCCA